UUCGAACUGUCAACAAAAGAGACAUUCGACUGCUAGGAACUACUAAAAAAAUCAGAUGUGCACGAUUUGAAAAAAAACAACACUGAAUCGAUUUAAAAGUUGUAGCGAAUAUAUUUAUAAAUUUUUAAAAUGUUUAUGCGGCGUCUUUUCAACCUUGGCCGUCAGCUUGCACCGUUAAAUAUAUCAAGUGCAGUUCAAAAUUUUUCAGUUGUGCAGAAGAAUACACUUUUUCAAAGUGCAAACAAAGUGGAAUUUCUGAAAAAGCCAAUCGUCGAAAAAAACGCAUGUCAAUCUGUCAUCAGCAAUGUCAACAAUCUUGUUAAUCGGCAGGAAGAAGGACGCCUAUUUGCAGUGGUGCACCUAUGUGGAAAACAAUACAAAGUAACUGCGGGUGAUAUUGUUGUUAUAGAGGGAUAUUGGGCUCCAACGAUUGGAGAUAACAUUCGUUUGGAAAAGGUACUACUAGUUGGCGGUGAUAGUUUCACACUUACUGGCCGACCUUUGGUGCAACCGAAUAUUGUAGAUGUACAAGCCACUGUUGUUGAAAAAACCAUAGCGCACACGAGGACCACAUUCAAGAAGAAACGAAGAAAGCAAUAUAUGCGAAUCAAAUUCCAUCGAUCUGCUCAAUCAAUGAUUCGCAUAAAUUCGAUUACAAUCAAUCCUCAAAUUGAUAUUAAUUCCACGAAAUCAAAUCUUUUGCAGGAAUAAGGAAUAGAAUUUAAAAGGGAAAGGAAAGGAAACAAAGGAAAUAAAACUAAUUUAGUCAAAAAUGUGAUUUUGCUUUAAUUUUCGCAGGCGGUGAUGUUAUUUAUUCAAUAGAUAUUUUAUCAGAAUUUCUCAAAUUAGUUUCAACAAAUUAUUAGGCAAGUAAAUGGAUCCCGUUUCAGUUCAUUGACCUCAAUUUGUGCAACGGAAAAGAACGCUUAAAGAGGAUAAUUCAAUCAUAAAUUGGAGAACAUUCAAUGAAAUGCUCUCUCUUCAGCAAGAUACAAAGACAGGGGGUAGUAAAAUGUCAUUAGUCGUUUUUAGUCGUCUGUAUUAUUGAUGUCUUCGGACCAGGUGUUUAUUUAUUUCAAUCGUAUAUAUGAAUUGUCUUUUUGGUUUCAUUGUUCUCGUCGUACACUAUGUUAACGUUUGUUUGUCAGUUUUUGUUGUUCGUUUGUCUUUCUGCAUAAAUUUCUGGAGUUUUGAUCCAUUAAAAGGGGCUUCGGAUCCGGGGGGAUAGAGUCUCAUCUAGAAAAACAAAACGUAAAAGUCAGAUAUAAAUACGUGCAUAAUAUAACGGUUUUAUCCAGUCAUGGUCUGAACGAAAAUCCUUUCACAUGUGAGAUGUCUUGUAAGAUAUACUAUAAAGUAUGUGCGAUGGGUGAGUUAAUUAAUGUCAGUGGUUACUUCCAAUUUCGUUCGAGUUAAAGGCUAGAAUUGGUCAGAGUGGAGUUGUGUAUGAAGUGUACAAAACAUAACAGUAAACGGUAAGUAAAUUUAGGGUUUUUUAGUAAGAGAAUUUUGAUUUAGAAAAAAACUGUAAACUUUAUUAUAAAAUACAUAAAAUGUAUCGAGAACAUGAAGUUAAUAGGCCAAAUAUCAGAAAAAAACUGUAAACCAGAAACAAUUUUUUCCGAUUUUUUUCUCUUUUGAAUCAGUUUAUUUAGAUCAAUGCAAUUUUUGCUGGAGAUUUAGUGUGCUAAUUGUGUAAAUCAAUAAAAAGAGAAUGUCAGCGUGAUGAAAUGGGAA